UCGCUCAUCAACUGGCUCCCAAGGAAACUUGUGAUCUUGGGUUCCGUGUUUUUGAUGGCAAGCGCCCAGAUCAUUAAACACUAGGGAUUUCGCAAACACAGCGUCUACGUUUCGACGUAUACCGCAGUCAAAUGAAUCGUUGCAGCAUAGGCUACGUUCCAGUGGCCGCCCAUUUCCCAAGUUGCACCGUAUGAUUGCAGUGGUAGGCAAGCAUGUGGACGGUACCAUGGAUAUCUCAGGAGCAUACCUACUUCCACAAAAAAGUGAAGACGCGUGCCCUGCGAUGAGCUCUACUGAGAACGUACUUGAGCUCGGUCAUGUCACUCAUGUGCUGUGGAGUCUUAACUACGCCAACGUGGCUGUUACUGCGUUUUGGUCAUAUGAUUACGUUCUCACCUUGGCCGAUGAGGUGGCAUUUUUGAAGCAGUCGCAGUGGAAAUGGGCGAAGCUGCUUUACGUUGUCUGUCGAUAUAUUACCUGCUGUUAUCUGACAUUGGAGAUGCUCGUGGCAUUUCAACCCAUGAUGUCAAUUCACAUAUGUCAAGUGAUAUACUCCGUAAACACCUAUCUGGGAGGUUUUAUUGUAGUGUGUGCCGAAGGUGUUUUCUUGUUCCGUGUUUGUGCAAUUUGGGGAUUUAGGAGGAGCAUCGUGGUUUUGUUCUCGAUCAGCGGGCUGAUGUAUGUCAUUGCUGCCACCGUGGUUCUCUCAAUCAUCCGAUCCCCCCCUACAAUCACCAAGUCACCAAUCCCUGUCACGAGUUGUUUGGAAACUGGCAAUGACAAAACCAUCAUAAUCCUCUACGUGAUUCUGAUCGCGUUGGAGAUCCAAAUAUGGGUGUUCGCGCUGUACAAGGUCGCUGCAAGCUACAGGCGUGGGGGUGAUCGUAACCGCUUGUUGGAACAACUGAUCCGCCACAAUAUGCUUUAUUUGACCUGCGGGAUCGUCUUCUCCCUCGGAGUCAUAUUGACGACGGCCCUUCUCAAGGUGUCUUACGGCUUCAUGGUUGUGAGGUUUUUACGCAACUGGCAAGUCACUGUUCAUGCCUUUCUUGUGACAAAGAUGUAUCGUGGACUCUGGAGAGCAGACCGGCGACGUGCUUUGCUAGAAUCUGUUUCCUUCUCGCUUGAACCUUUUCAUGCUGCACCUGGAGUGUCAUCUCAGGCGUGAAGUUCUGGCUUUCGCCCUUUUUCUUCAUCCUUAUGGAGCAAAGUGUUUAUCUUUUAUUCGGCAUGAUGCGACUACGUAUUGAAG